AUGGAUCUUGCUUUAUCGCCCAUACACGGCCAUUCAGUCGUUGUUGCGGAUGUUGCUUGUCGAAACAUUCUGCUUGAUUCUGAUCUCUCCAUCCACUUCGGCGAUUUUACCGAGUCCAGCAUAAUGCCUCCUGAGACCAUUAUGGGAACGGACGAUGAUAAUGGAUACUCGAUACCAAGCGAUAUUGGUCAGUUGGGCAAAGUCAUCCGUGAAGUCAUAGCCGAGGAAAAGAUUUCGUAUCGAAAAGGUCCUGGAUGCCAGGUGUUUGUCGGAAUGCCAACGAACUCCUGGAAGAGUUAG